UGACAAUCUGCAGGGGUGCGUGUAAGUAAAUAUAAUUUUGUAGUACGUGUUGAAUUUUCGGCAGUUACCAGGGGUCUCUGCUACAGGAGGCGGAUUUCCCCCUGCAGCUCCGGGGAGGCCUAGAAUGAUUCGAGGGUCUGUUUGCGACGAAGGUUGACCUUCUUGUCUCAGUGGAGGUGUAAAUGGGCUGUAGCCUUUAGUUCCUGUUGAUCUGUUAGUUCCAUUCCACAAUCAACCCCAACGUCCUGUUCACUGAGUCCUUAUAUGAGAAGUGAAACAAUGACGGAAGCAUGGCAGCAGCAGCAACACGCAGUGGCUCCACCCUCUGUCGUGCACACACUGUCCCAGACAACAGACAACUCACUGGGCUGCACUGUGUACGGCGUGGUCCUGCAGCCAGACACCUCCCUACAACAGCAACAACAUGGCCAACAGCAUACUGUUCAAGCUCAGCAGCCCGCCCUGCAGGUGGGGGGAGAGAGAGGGCACAAGUGUGGGGCCUGCGGUCAUGACAUAUCUCACUUGGCCAACCCUCAUGAGCACCAGUGCAUAGUCAACCAGGACCGGUCCUUUCAGUGCACACAGUGCAUGAAGAUCUUCAGCCAGGCAACUGACCUGCUGGAACAUCAGUGUGUGCAGGUGGAGCAGAAGCCUUUUGUGUGCGGGGUCUGCAAGAUGGGAUUCUCAUUGCUCACAUCCUUGGCUCAGCAUCACAACUCGCACGGCAACGGGAACAACCCGAUGAAGUGCUCCAUCUGUGAAAAGACCUACAGGCCCGGGUCUGGAAACGUCACUCCCACCUCCUCAGCUGCCAACCCCCAGCAGCCCUCCACAGGCGAGACUUCAAGUGGCGGUGCAGUGAUCAGCGCCUCGUCUCCACCGGCAUUUGAGGCCUCUGCGCCAGACCGGCCGUACAAGUGCUCCGUGUGCCACAAGGCUUUCCGCCAUUUGUCUGAGUUGACCCGUCAUGAAAGGGUGCACACCGGAGAAAAGCCAUAUAAAUGUGACACGUGCGACAAAAGCUUCAGCCAGUCUUCACACCUGGCACACCACCAGCGCACACACAGCUCCGAGCGACCGUACAAGUGUGCUGUGUGCGAGAAGAGCUUUAAGCAUCGCUCCCACCUUGUGCGACACAUGUACGCUCACUCCGGUGAGCACCUUUUCAAGUGCAAUUUAUGCGAGAUGCACUUUAAAGAGUCGUCCGAGCUCCUGCAUCAUCAGUGCCAGCCCGAAGGCGAAAGGCCUUUCCGCUGCGGUUCCUGCGGAAAGAGCUUUAAGCGCCCAUCCGACCUCCGGCAACACGAGCGAACCCACUCUGAGGAGCGACCGUUCCAGUGUGAGGAGUGCCAAAUGAGCUUCAAACAGCAGUACGCGCUGGUACGCCAUCGUCGCACUCACAAAAAUACAGCCGAUCGCCCUUUCAAGUGUAACCUCUGCGAUAAGGGGUUCCUUCAACCAUCCCACCUGCUGUACCACCAGCAGGUUCACGGUAUGGAAAGUCUGUUCAAAUGUGCAUCCUGCCAGAAGUCUUUCAGCCAGUCGGGGGAACUGCUGAGGCACAAGUGCGGUGGUGAAGUUGAAAAGCCCUACAAAUGUGAGGUGUGUGGAAAAGGCUACAAGAAAAAUUCAACGCUGCAGCGCCACCAGAACUCUCAUUGCACAGAGAAGCCACUGAAAUGCUCCCUGUGCGACAAGCGCUUUGUGUCGUCCUCGGAGUUUGUGCAGCACCGCUGCGAUCCCACGCGAGAGAAACCGCUGAAAUGUCCCGACUGUGAAAAGCGCUUCAGGUAUUCAUCGGAGCUGCAGCGCCAUCGCCGGGUCCACACCGGGGAGAAGCCUUUUAAAUGUGCCAGCUGUGACAAGAGCUUUAAACAACGUGAGCAUCUGGCCAAACAUCAGAGUGUGCACUCCCGUGAGACACAGUUCAAGUGUGUGUGGUGCGGAGAGCGCUUUCUUGACCUUGCGGUUUUGCAGGAGCACACAGUCCAGCACACAGCAGAGGGGGAGAGUUUCUCUGAAACUCCGUGCAUCCCAUGAACUCUUAAAGCUUCUCAGUGCUGCGUUACAAACAUGACUUUUUCUCUAAAAGUGACACGUGCAAGGCCCCCGUCCCCCACCCAAAUGUAGUUGAAAGUGUCCAUCCAUUUAUGAUAUUUGAUCAUUUUUAGUUCAUCCCCAGCCUUUUAAUGAUUAUAAGUGAAACAUGGAGAUUUAAAAGAAAACCUUGAGGAUUUUGUUUUGUUUUGGUUUUUUUUUUUUUUACAAAAAGAGCAUGUAAAAAUGGUUUUUAAUAUAACGUGGAAAGAUCUUGAUUCAGUCUUAAAGCGAGUGUGGGACCAUAUCCAUUGGCUGCAUGUAGGGAUGUCCGGUACUAACAGCCCGAUAUUAGCAUAAUUAUGUGAUAACUGUAAGAAAAUGAUGUAUAGUCUAAAAAUAGUUUUGGUGAAAAAUGGCUGUAUUUGGAAGUGAAAGUCACAAGAUGGAACAAUUGUAGCUCAUUUUAUAAAUCUAUUUUGAUUGUAUGCAGAAUGAUGGUGCUGGUUUGUGUGUUUGGCCAAUAUCGGCAUAUCGAAUAUCUGCAAAAAGUUAAUAUCGGACGUCCCUAGCUGCAUGUGAUUGUCUGUUUUGUAAUUUUAAUUCUGUAGCUGAGAUGACAGGUUUCAGACAGUUUUGAGAGAACAGCUGUGCUCACAUUAAGGUCAUUUUGAAAUCCAUGUGCCUUUUGUUUUUGUUUUUUUUAACCCUCUUGUUUAAUUGCUCCUGUGUUUCUGUUCAUUUCAUGUCCAGUGAAGACAAAGCGGCCGGCUUGAGCAGCACUAUAUUUUCACAUACUAGUUCUUAGAUAGUUAUCAUCUGUUGGUGCAUGAAUAUUUAUCACACUUGAAUAUUAUGAAGUGUUGUAUUUUUAGGUUUGGUUUAUUUAGUAAAAGGAAUUCUAGGAAGAAUAAGUGACUUUGUGAACAUGUAUAGUCUGUGUCCUUUAAAAUCUGUGUUGUUGCAUCUUUGUAUUAAAACGGUGACACCUAGGUAACAAACAUACCUAUGAUGUCUCACACACACACACACUUAACUUGUGCAAUAGAAUAUGCACAGUGUAAUAUUUAUGACUACUGAAUCAUGGCAUAGUCAACUGUUAUAUUAUAGAUUGUGUGUAUACCCAUAUGUAAAACAUUGGAAACUGUAUAGUGCUUAUGUAACAUGCUUUUUGUAUUUACUAUGAAUGAGCUUGCUGUAUUUUGCAAGCUUUUGAGUUUCAGUUUCUGACCCUUCAUCACAGGGUUUAACCAGCAAGCGUUAUCUUGCAUACUUGCAACAAAUUAGCUGCGUUAGUUACUGUGUGAUAGAUCUAACAAACAUCAUGUUUUUUUAACUAUUGUUUCUUAAAAGAACGAAAUGAACUGGCCUAGAAAAAACUGCCAGCAUCUUAGCCCCCUCCUGGUCCAGAAUUGGGUUUCUGGCAGAUGAGUCCAUAUAUGCCUCAAAAGUUGAGCGACCUCAGUGUUUGUCUAAACCAGGGAAAAGUAAAUUGUGUACUUUAAUGUGUGGCUUUCUUUAUUAUGUACAAUCUUUGCAGUAUAUUUAAAAUAAAAGAUUUUUUGGAAUUUCAAAAACCAUGGACAAAGGGAACGUAACUUUCCACGGUUCCAUGGUUAAAGGUUCUGUUGUGUCUGCUUCAAAAUCUGCAGGAAUGACAACCAUGUGUUAUGACGUGUUAACUUUACACAUGGUAUCAUUAAUAUAGAGUCAUAUUGAUACUGUAAACAGGAGUAAAAAUAAACUCACUCUGAAAACGGG